AUGUUCGCACGCAAAAUUCGCUUAAAUUUUACUUUUUCUGGAUGUGAAAAUAUAAAGCAGUUUUUGAGAUUCCACAACCGCUCUGAUGUAGACCCAAACCUGUUUUUUUCCAAACUACUUGAUGAAUACCGUAGUUUGACUCCCAUCGAGAGUGUUUUAGCCUCUAACUACCUAAAUAAAAUAUUUUACGACUCAUCUAAAUGUAGUUUUUCACCUAGUGAUGUUUUAGAUUUAAAAAAGCAGCUGAUAAACAACAUUCGUUCUAAGUUAUAUUCACUGUCUGACUUGAAAGAACUAUGUAACAUAACAAUUCACAUUUGUGAAUCGGGGAUUUUAACCAAAAAUUACGUUUCCGACUUUUUAAGUAGGCUUGAUAAGCUCAUUCCCUCAAUUAAUUUCGAAUGUGUGCCGUUUAUUUGUGAAUCUCUGGCUCAUCUACACGCCAAAGGUACGCCACCUCCGCGCAAUUUAAUAUUCUUAGGCUACAAAGUGGACAACGUGUGUAUUAAAUUUUACAACGUGUUAACAUCCGAUAACAUUGUGGAGAAGUUAGAUAACCUGAGCUUGGUGAAACUCGUGGAAUAUUUUAACAAUUUAAACGUAAACAACGUUCAUCUGGAAAAGAAAAUUGGUGCGUUUGCUACAUUUCAUAAAAUUUUAGCUUCCGUUAUUAAAGAUAGGCUACGGUCUAACAGUAUACCUACUGAUGCAAUCAUUUCGCUCAUUGAAGCUAACGACUUCAGAAGAUCUAAGUUGCAUUUCCUAAAUCAAUCGCUACUGUCUACAAUUUUAAAGGACGACCAGAUAGGUUUAGAAGCCAUCGUAAAGUGUUUAAAUUCCUGUAAGGAUCUGAGGGGCGGUUUUGAUACGUUGGAUAAAUUUCUUCUAUCAAAUGCUGAUAACCUGGCGCUCCAUUUUAAAUUGGAUUUGCUGGACAACUUUGCUCGAUUUAAGUACAAACCUGCUUAUUUGAGCGAUUUUGUUGAAGGGAUUUGCAAGGAUCUGCCACACUUUACGUUCGAGCAAGUUUUACGACUGUUCAAAAACACCUAUGAGCUCAACGUAAAUAACAAGUGUGACUAUAUGGAUAACCGCUUGAUUGACUUCAUUGAUUCUGACGUUAAAAACUACUUGGACGCCUUGACUCACCGUUACGAGGUUAAGAGGGGCUCUGACCAUGCUUACGUUUCCAAUUUAAUCCUUUCCUUAUCGCAUACUAUCUAUGAACAGGUUAAGAUUGGUGGAUUUUACCUUGAUUUCAUUCGGCCUCGCGGGCGAGCUCCUGCUCCCUUCAUCCCUUCUGAGCACGGCAUCGCCGUGCUCAUUGCCGAGUGCUAUAAAACCAACUCCGAUCACUCGCAUACCCGCGAUUCUCAUUCCUCCGUUCCCACUUCACCGUCUGUUGCUGUAGAGGAAUGCAGCGGCUACUUACUCGUGAAAAACGCACUCAACAGAUUACAUGUAAGGUUUUUGUGUGUUUCCGUGUGUGCUCUGCGUGCUUUAAACAGAAAGCAGAGGUUGGAAUACAUGAAGAUGCUAAUUUCUAAGCACACAGGCUAA